AUCGCCACCGCAGCCCCGGCAGAGCCGAGCCCGGCCCAGGCCCCUGCCCCUGCCCGGCCUUCGGCCCGCCGCCCCCGGCCCCGCCCCCGCCCGCGGGCCCCCCCCCCCAGCGGCUCGGGUGCCCCCCGGCGCCCCCAGACUCCGGCCUCCCGCACCGAGGCAGGAGGCAGGGAACGGAGGCAGGAGGAGGAAGAGGAGGAGGAGAAGGAGCCGUCGCAGGAUGAAGGAUCGGACUCAGGAGCUGCGGAGUGCGAAAGACAGUGACGAUGAAGAGGAGGUGGUCCAUGUGGAUCGGGACCACUUCAUGGACGAGUUCUUUGAACAGGUGGAAGAGAUCCGGGGCUGCAUUGAGAAACUGUCUGAGGAUGUGGAGCAAGUGAAAAAACAGCAUAGUGCCAUCCUGGCCGCCCCCAACCCAGAUGAGAAGACCAAACAGGAGCUGGAGGACCUCACUGCAGACAUCAAGAAGACAGCCAACAAGGUUCGGUCCAAGUUGAAAGCAAUCGAGCAAAGCAUUGAACAAGAGGAGGGGCUGAACCGUUCCUCCGCGGACCUGCGCAUCCGCAAGACCCAGCACUCCACACUCUCUCGGAAGUUCGUGGAAGUAAUGACCGAAUAUAACGCGACCCAGUCCAAGUACCGGGACCGCUGCAAGGACCGGAUCCAGCGGCAGCUGGAGAUCACUGGAAGGACCACGACGAACGAAGAACUGGAAGACAUGCUGGAGAGCGGGAAGUUGGCCAUCUUCACGGAUGAUAUCAAAAUGGACUCACAGAUGACGAAGCAGGCACUGAAUGAGAUCGAGACGAGGCACAACGAGAUCAUCAAACUGGAAACCAGCAUCCGAGAGUUGCAUGACAUGUUCGUGGACAUGGCCAUGCUCGUGGAGAGCCAGGGUGAGAUGAUUGACCGCAUCGAGUACAACGUGGAACAUUCCGUGGACUAUGUGGAGCGAGCUGUGUCCGACACCAAGAAAGCUGUGAAAUAUCAGAGCAAGGCCCGGAGGAAGAAAAUCAUGAUCAUCAUUUGCUGUGUGGUGCUGGGGGUGGUCUUGGCGUCAUCCAUUGGGGGGACGCUGGGCUUGUAGGCCCCCCACCCUGUCUCUCCCAGACCCUUCCCCCACCACAUUGGGAGCAAUACCCCCACACUCCUUUCACUCCAUCCCUUGCUCCAGGCUCACCCCCAAGACAGACCCAGGCAGCCCCCACUUCCCCACCUCCUGUCAGACCCUGGAGUCCCUGGACCUCACCCCGCCAUGGACCACCCCCGGCCCCGCACGUAGAUAGCAGCAGGCGUGAUUACACAUGCACACCAACAUGCAUGCCGCCGGCACAUGCUCAAGACGUGUGGACACCCCAGCGUGUGUGUGUGUGUGUGUGUGUGUGUGUGUGUGUGUGUGUGUGUGUGUGUCCCCACGUGUAGAUGUGUGUAGAAGCACCAAAUCACCUUUCUGGUCCCCCACUUCAAGUCUGUGUGUCGUCUGAGCUCCCCCGCUUCACCUGGGCUGUUCUGUGUAGACUGUGGCCAGGGGUACCACAACAGCCCACCAAGCCCCGCUCUGUCUUCUGUGAAUAGGUGUGUGUGUGUGUGUGUGUGUGUGGCCACAGCUCCACGGAUGCAGUCGGUGUACAUGGAAUUCUGUGUUUGAGUGUUUGAAUCCGGUAUGACAGCACUUCCUUCCCUGACCCCCGCCUCCUCCGUGCCUGCUGUAGAGAGGGCGGGCUGUGAGUGCACAGGGGCUCACACUCAUGUUCGCGGACGAUCCAGGUCGGCCCAGAUGCACCGAGGCCAUGGCAGACACCCCGGUGUGAUGUUGAGCAAACCCCAGGGAGUGUGUGUGUGUGUGUGUGUGUGUGUGUGUGUGUGUGUGUGUGUAGAGGCUUUCUACAUAGUGUGUUUCUGCCCGCCUGUGUAUCCUAUGCACACACGUGUUCUUCUUUAAACAUGUGUGCCCCGUCCAGGGUUGUUUAUCCAGAUGUAUUUGCCCUCUCCCUCUCUCCCCAGAGCUGCUGACCAACAUCUGGUGUGGCCACACACCGUUCCACCAACAUUGUGCAACUGGAGCUUCCUGCCCUGCCAGGUCUCCGAGCCCCUGUGCGCACAUGCCCACGUGCCAGUCUUUUCUAUGUCUCUGCCAGAGGGUGGCCCUGCAGCUGGGAGAGUGGGGAUACCUCCAUGUGCUCACUCGUGCCCAGGCUGAGGAGGCCCCACGCGGGUGCCCCCCCCCCAGCCCCGGGCGCGGCCGUGUCCGCCGACGCGGCCGAGCUGCCCACACGCGGGUGCCGCCUGGAAGGGCUCAUUGUGGGAAAUGUUACCGAUGAGGUGCACGUCCAGGGCUGCCCCAGACAGAUUGAAAAUGAGGGCAUUCGCGCCUUCCACACGUUUACCUCAGAACUGGGAGAGGCCAGUGUGUGACUUCACCACCCCCUUGGAUGCCCUGGGCUCUGCCUCCGGGACUGGAAUUGUAAUUCCCGGCCUACCGGGAUGGCUGGUGUGGCGGCCUCCACUCUGGGGGAGCUGAGUCCCGGGACCCCUCCCCUGGACACAUCUCCUGCUAGAUGUUGGCCAUGGCUGUCCCUGACCCUGCGCCGCCCACCCCCCCACCCCCCCCGCCCCGUGCCCCGGGUGGAGACUGAGGUGAGGCCCAGGCCCGGGUGUCUGAGGGCGAGGAGAAGGCCGGCGCCUCCCUCGCUGUGUGGACCACACAUGCACUAGGCACGGGUGGGUUUGCGAGGCUGGUGGCAGGCGGGAGGUACAUGAGCCAAGGAGCUGCAUGGACGGGAGUAUACGCCCAGGGCUGGGCAUGCGUGUGGACAGGGUGAAGGAGUCGGGUACGUGUGUGCAGAUUGUUUCCCAGGGUCCCACUUCAUGUGAAGUGCGUGUGUGUGUGUGUGGGUGUGGGUGUGGGUGUGGGUGUGGGUGUGAGAGACACAGAGACAGGGAGCCAAUGCAGAUGUGGCCUUCCAGAACACAAUACCCCUCCCGCCCGCCCCCAGCUCUUGUAGCUGACCCCUUCCCUACCUGAGCUGUCUUGAGCCCCGCCUGUGUGAGGCCAAUCUACGUUACAGCCCCCACGGUGGGCUCUCUUGUGGAGGGGAGCCUGCCCGUCCCUUCCAAGAAUGUCCUUCUGCAGGACAGGAAGUUUGCCCCGGCAUCUAAUUACAGCCCUCGUGCUCCCCUGUCAGCCUUCUUUGGGGACAUCAGAACGGGCCCCAGCACCCCGGUCCUUUUUCCUUCCUGCCGCGGAGCCAGGACAGCCUUGCAGCCCCGGUGUUUCCAGAAUUCCCACAGCCCUGGGGCCACGAGCACGAGGGCGGAGCCGCGGCUGGAGUGCUGCCGUGGCCUCCUUGAGUGGUGUCAGGCCCACCUCUCCGGGAGGAUCCCCGAGGGGCUGCUGUGCCCCAGCUUCUUCAAGUCCCCCACAUCAUGUGACGGCCGCUUGUCGGCUGCUGUGUUGGUGUGUGUCCUGGAACGUUGUCUGGGGGCUGGUGUCACGCAUGUUCUCGAACGAGUGUGUGCGGCUCUCCCUCCACGCACCUGCGACCCCCAAGCCCAUGUGUGCCCCGUGGAUGGCCCUGGGCCUGGCCAGGCCUCGCUGCUUUCCCUUCCCCUCCCCGCCCCAGCCCUGCCUCUCAUGAAGCACACUGCGUGUCCAUCCCAUGUGCCUGUCGGGCGAUGCACGCUCUUGCCACGCCUUGAGCGUGUGUACAUGAUGUGUUCUAUGCAUUCGCCCUGUGCCCCCAGCCCUCCCCGCACAGGACAAGAUGGGUGGCCCCCGGCUCCCCGCCCCCCGCCCCCGCCCGCUGUGCAGCCGUGUGCGUUGGCGUGUGUUUCCGUGUCGCUGGCGUGUCACGUGACGUAGCCGUGUUUGCUGACAUGAGCCCUUGCCCCUCCUGUUUCUCCGUUGGGUUUCUAGAGCUCUUUCCCUCUCCUCCUCGGAGGGGACAGGACUCCUGGGGCCUGGCUGGGGGCCCAGAGCCAGGCCACCCUCUCCUGUUAGCCCUCAGAGUCCCAUCUCUCUCUAUUGGUGACCAAGUUGCAAAUGGAUAAAACACAGGAAAAUUCUGCCCCCCCCUCCCCACCCUGCAUGUCCAGUCCCCAGAGCCCCCCACCCCCACCCCGGGCCGGGUCGGGCCCCGUGGGACGGGAGAAAUAGCAACCAAUCCAACAGCGGG